CAUUCGGUCUCGUCCGUCGUCCAGCACACGUCGUGCACGAUAAUAAUAAUAAUAUUAAUUAUUAUCGUCGUCGUCGUCUCCUCCUUCGGCACCGGUGUCGUCUCUCUGCGGCGUGCAAACGAUGGUUUUCAAUUUCCCUGUGGUCGUGUGCGCGUUGGUGGCGAUCGUCGUUGGCGGAUGCCGCGCGGGCGACCUCCAGACGUUCACGGUGACCGAUGUGGCGUACUUGGAUGUGGAGGUGGCCGGCACCGAGUUGGGUACGAUCGAGAUCGGUCUUUUCGGCGAAAUCGCACCGAAAACGGUGGCCAACUUUGUCACGAUUCUGACGGCAGGCAUUGACGGCCGAACAUACGCCGGCACCAAAUUCCAUCGGGUGUUCAACAAGUUUGUCAUUCAAGGUGGAGACAUAUUGAACAACGACGGAAGCGGAUCCGUAAGCAUAUACGGCGACACGUUUCCCGACGAAAACCUGAAAGUGAACGGUACAAAGCCGGGAUUUGUGGGAAUGGCCAAUUCAGGUCCAGACACAAACGGAUGUCAGUUUUUCAUAACGACCAGGUCCACGCCGAGUCUGAACGGCGAGCACGUAAUGUUUGGAAUCGUGGUCGAAGGACAGGAGGUCAUACAUGCCAUCGAACAGCAGUUGACUGACCAUCUGGGUAGGCCCACCAAAGAGAUACGAAUCUCGAGAUGCGGCUUGCUGAAGCGACGGCCGCCAUUUGACGUCACAGACCAUCCGCGCAAUUCGAAUGUUUGGAAAUGGAUAGUUGCGUCUGCCCUACCGGUUUCGAUGUCCACGGCUAUUUUGUUACUAUUCCAGUGGAUGAUUGCUCAAAUCAACAAAGCGAUCAUCUAAUGGGAAUUGCCAGAGGCAAUAAUAAACUUACAUGUUUAGGUACACAACACGUGGCAUAGAUACAUAAAGUGGAAACUGGAUGUGUAUAUAAUAUCAGCAAUCAACAUAAUUUACAAUAACAAUCCACUAAAUAUUAUUCAUUGUUUCACAUAAAAGUGGGACAAAAAGCGAACGUUCUCCAUUUUAAAUGCUACCUACCUAUAUAAUUAUGCAUAUUAUUGUAAUCUGGAAGAUAGUUUUUCUACUGUAUAUACGGAAAACGUUCACGCGUAGACAGCAAUAACAAGCAAAUUAUAGUUUUACACAUACUAUAUAUAUAUUAAUUUAAUAAUUUGUAUGUGCAUAACACAUUUUGUAUUCUGUGAGUUUCAAAUUAAAAUAUAUUUCCAUGUAA